CUUCUGAUUACUUUGCUGUUUUAUUAACGGCUAGUAAAAAUAAAAAUAUCUGGAAACCUUUGAGUAGGCCUUCAACUUACAUUGGAGGUUUCAAAAGAACUCAAAGACAUAAAAAAGCAGAGCUAAGGAAGGCUGCACAAAAUACCUGGUCAAUCACUAUUUACUUAGCUCCUGCCUUAAUGACUUCUACUUUCGAAUCAUCUACAGAAUCAAUAGAGAUGGAAUCAAUCGAGAUGGAAUCAAUAGGGGUGGAAUCAGCAGAAAUAGAAUUGAUAGAAGUGGAAUCAACAGCAGAUUUAUCUGCAGAAAUUGAUUUUGAUGAGAGAACGAAAAUGAGGUUGGCAAUUAAGAAGUUGGAGAGGACAUUAAAAAAGGAUGACAAUCAAAUAGAUAAAGAU